CCAGCAUCCCUCCUUGGAACACAGCUAAUGGAGCACAAAACUUUUCCCAUUUACCCACGAUUUUCAACAAACUGUUUUCAAUCUACUACCAUAUCUUGGUUUGGAGGUUACAUCAAGUAGUGACAAGUAAACUUAGCUCUCUCUUACAUCAAGUAGUGACAAACGAGAUUUCUCAACUUAGUUCGCUCAGCUUAGUUCUCUCACGGUGGAGCUAUUUUUCGUUUUCUUGACCUUUUCGUUGUACAGCCUUCAUAUUACUUAGUUCAACAACUAGCAGUACUACGUCAGUAUUGAUCAACGAAGGUAGUCGCUCUACUCAGCACAUCAGAAGUCUACUACUCACGACUAGAGCAUCAGAAGUCUACCAUCUCGCAGAAGUCUACAACAAAUUUCCAGGAGGUAAGCAUUACUACGAAGCCUUCCACUAACUUCGACCAACUAAGCAUAGCUAGAGCGAAGUAACUGGGCCACGCACUUCAACAAAGUAAGCAUCAUCAAGAAGCAUCAAGUAGUGCGGGAAGCUUUCAUACUAGUUUACCUGUUACUACUAUCGCAACAACUACGUACUGCAGAAGUAGGCACUUUGACGGAGGAGGCCUACGAGGACACUUCACAUUAAGGCUAGCAUUUCAUUAUCUCGCGUGGCUUAUGAUCCUAAGUAGUGGGUGGCUCUUCUAACUCAUUGGAGAGAACGGGCCUUAAUUGGAAAGACGAGCCGAUUAUGCAAAGAAAAGGAUCAUGUUCGAGAUCCUCAAGUUGAAGAGGAUCAAAACGAGGCUCCUCAAGAUGACGGAGGACAGGGAGACGAACACCCGCCAACCUUUUGGUCGGUUGCGCGUGUCACACGGUCGACUGAGGAUAGGGCACUCGCGGAAGCGACACGAAUUCUGCGCCAGCAAGAAGUGGAUGGUAGCGCUUUGAUGUUAUGGAUUCAAUUCAAGGAAUUGUAUAUUUCAGAAGAAAUUCAAUUUUUUUUUAUCUGUAAGGCCCCUCCUCUAUCUGAUUAUAGACGAAUGAGUGAAUAUAUGAAGAUCUGGAGAUCCAAAAGCAAAGGCCAAGUUCGUGUUGAAAUGUUUCUCUGUCUUUCUCGUCUUAGACUUGAGGUUCUUACGCAACUCUGUUCGUUCUUUAUAGAGGCACUAGCUAGUGAUAGAUGCAUUGAAGUCCUCAAAGAUGAAGAUGUUCUUCUAAAGAUAUCGCUGAACGAAAGUAUCGAAUAUGGAGGCUCUGCGAAUCGCCAAGUUUCGCCAUCGUCGACCUUUGCUGUUGAAAAUAAGGCAAAUGCGGGACGAAAUGAAGCGAAUUUUUUCCAAUUACAACAGCAGAAGGAUAGCAGAGGACUCCUUUCAAGUAGAGGAUGGCAAGGUUUUGUUGCCUCAGAGCUGCACAUCUCCAAGAGUUCGUGGAUCAGUUGCAUCUUCAAGCGCUGAUGUUCAUGUUGAGUCGAAAUCUAGGUCUAGUACAUCUUCUUCGACAUUCGGUUACUCGUUCAAAGCCAGGAGUAUUCCAGCAUCAAUUGGAUGGCGACCAAAACCUCAGUCGUAG